UGGGGUGAAUUAGGUCCGGCCCAAAUUUAAGAAUAUGCAUAUAGAGCAACCUUAUGCAAAUUUGAGUAUUGCUAAUUUAAAAUUUUGCAAAUUAUUAUUUUUAGGGAAAAUAUUCUCGAUGAAAAUGCCAUGAAAUGGUCCAGAUCCUCUUGAUAGUUUGCAUUGUAACUUAGCAUAUAUGGCCAGACAUGACUUGGUUUGCUUUGUGACACUGUGGUCUAUAUUUAUUGUGAUAUCAGUACUUUUAAGGUUGUGCAAGCUUCAUCAAUUCUGUCAUUUUGCUAAGCUUUACAAGUCAUUUUUUCAGCUGUAGGGGGAAAACAUUUGAUGCACAAGAAUUGAACUUGUGAAACUAGGAGCUAUUUUGGGGUGCAUUAAAGCUAAAAAGGGCAUUAUCUAGCUUUCUUGAGGUUGUAGCUAGAUCUGCAUAGCUUUCAUAAGAGUUCGACAUCUAAUACUCUAGUUCAUGCAGCCAGGGUAGGUCCUGCAGAGAAUGGUGCUUUCUUUUAGCAUGCUGAAAGUAUGCCUCUUGAUGGAGUGCAUUUUGCGUCUCAACGGAACCCUGCACCAAUGUCAAAUGCAUUUAUUUCCUCAAGCCACAGUGUUGAAGUGUCAUAUUAUCAGCCAGAUGCUGCAGGCCCAUCUCAUGAUCCUUUUCUGCAUUCAUCAACAGUGGGAACCUUUUGUGCAGUUCCAGAAAAUCAUGCACAUGCUUCGUCUUCCAAUUAUGACAGACAGACGAUUAAUGGCGUUGAGGGUGACCUUUUUGAUCUUACAAUGGGCAAUGGAAGGGGGCCCCACAAGCGAAAAAGCCCUGGAGUCCCCUCUUCAUGUGAAGGGGGCAGUACAAGCAGGUAUUAUGGUGCUGGAAGUUCAUCGGAUCCCUCUGUGCCUUCCGAGUUGCGGCUGGAGAAACCAAAUUUAGAUCCUCAAUAUAUGGUCUGGGAAUGCAUUACUAUGACCCCUGGCCAUCGAGGCAAUCUCUCAAUUGGGCCUGAGAGUUCUAUCAGGAAUGUUAGAAGCAGGCCUGCACUUGAUCUAGAAAUCAACCUGUCUAGGACCCAUUUAUCUAACAAUUCUUCCCAUAAUUCCUAUCAUGCAGGUCACCCUUUUGACCAUUCCAGCUCAGUGGAUUUCUCAAGUCAAAGUUCUAGCGCUAUGACACAUAACUGGAGCCAUACCAGAACAUCUACUGCUUCUGGAAGGAUGCUAGUUUCGGAUGCUAAUGGUUAUACUCAUGAGACAAACCACUUCCUUGUUGGAAGCAGCAUACCUAAUGCUUCUGCAGAUGUUAGGGGAUAUCACCAUGAUUUCAUUUCAAGUAGAAACCCUGUUGUUCCUCAAAGUUUCCAUAGUGCCUCAGCACAUUCUGCCAGAGGCAUUCGCAGUAGCUAUUCUCAGAGACCUAGCCCAACUUUCAGGGCUUCCUCCAGCAGUUUGCGGUUGGGGCAUAUGGCACCUUCUGACGAUGGGAUGCCAUUGGUUGCCGAAAAUUUCUCAUCCAGACAACCAAGGCUAUUAUCAACUGCAGCUUGGCGUAAUAGUGAUAGGAAUGGGAGAUCAAGGAAUUCUUAUGAGAGAUACAGAUCGCUGCCCAAUGAGCCAAGUCUUCAUGAUCGAUUUUCAUCUGAGGGUUUUAUGGUUGUGGAUCGCUCAGCCUUUUAUGGAUCCAGAAAUUUGUUUGAUCAGCAUAGGGAUAUGAGGCUAGAUAUAGACAACAAGAGCUAUGAGGAACUACUUGCACUGGGUGAAAGGAUUGGGAGUGUCAGCACAGGUUUUGAUGAAGAUCUGAUAUCCAAGUGUUUGACAGAAACAGUAUAUAGUUCUUCAGGCCAAAGCGAGGAUGAAGGAACUUGUGUGAUUUGCCUGGAGGAGUACAAAGAUAUGGAUGAUGUUGGUUCGUUGAAAUUUUGUGGCCACAAUUACCAUGUGAGCUGCAUCAAGAAAUGGCUAUCAAUGAAGAACUUGUGUCCAAUCUGCAAAGCUUCCGCUGUGGCUGAUAACAUGAAGGAAUAAAUUUCAAGUACCUUGUCAACCAUUUACAUUUUUUUUUUAAUUAUCCAAAACUAUUUAUCAUUGUUGUAUAUAGUACUUGCUCAAAAGAAGAAACAGAUGAACUGAUUUUUCUAGGGAAUAUGUAAAUGAAUGCUAGUCAAUGUUAAAUCAAUUUGUUGGAGGUUCCCAUCUCAAAUUUGUGGAGCCUGAAUGCUGUUCCAA